UGCCAAAGUCCUCUCAACUCAUUCGGGAUAUUUUUGAGGCUCAUCUACAUCGUCACUCUAAACCGUGCCUCGAUGAUUACGUAGAAUUUGUACGCUUCUUCGAGAUGCCCGACAACCCAGAAAACCGAGCUUCACUCGUCAACCGGCAGCUCCCAGAAAUGGUGCUGUCGACGGCCGACAACCCUCUCACAGCUCCCAAUCCACCGCCAGACACUCUCUCUGCGGCACAGAGGGUGCACUAUAGGUUUCAGGUCAAGGGCAAUGCGAUUAUAACAGGCGGCGCCGGAACCCUCGCCCUCGAAGCCGCCCGCGCCCUUCUCGAACACGGCGCCUCCGGCCUCGCGCUCUGGGACCUGAAUCCCGACCAAGCCUUCGAGUCUGUCAAGCUCCUGCACUCAAAGUUCCCCGACCGCCGCAUAAUCACCGAGGCCGUAGACGUGCGCGAUGAGAAGCAGAUAGCCUCAGCGGUCGAGAGCUCCGUCAAGGUGCUCGGGAGCAUAGACGCCCUCUGCUGCUUCGCCGGCGUCGUGGGCUGCACGCUCGCCGUCGACAUGACGGCUGCCGAAUGGCGCCGCACCCACGACAUCAACCUGACUGGCUCCUUCCUCUGCGCACAAGCCGUCGCUAGGCAAAUAAUUACCCAAAAGACACCUGGCAGCAUCGUCUUUACAGCGUCUAUAUCUGCACACCACACGAACUACCCGCAGCCGCAAUGCGCGUACAAUUCCUCUAAGGCGGCGCUACUGUCUUUGGCGAAGAGUCUAGCGGCGGAAUGGAGUAGCUUUGGCAUCCGGGUUAAUACAAUUAGUCCCGGGUAUAUGGAUACGAUACUGAAUGAGGGAGAGGGGCUGAAGAGAGCGAGGGACAUGUGGAAUGCCAGGAAUCCGAUGGGCAGGAUGGGCGACCCGUGGGAACUAACGGGGCCGUUGGUUAUGCUGUGUAGUAAUGCGGGGAAGUAUGUUAAUGGCGCGGAUAUCAUCAUCGAUGGGGGUGCGAUGGUGUUUUAGAGGCAAAGCGCUGGAGGAGGAGGGGUUUCGAGGUCGUGGUUUGGAUCCAGGAAGCUGGGAUGGCUUCGAAGGGUUCGCAAAUGCUGCUCUGAGUUGGUGUAGGCCGUGCUGCGUUGCGCUUGAAGCUGGCCGUCGGAUGGGUGUUCAGGUUGGCUUGCCUUAGAAAUGAAACCGUCGCAGCUGAACGUCGGGUGCUAAUCGCUUACUGGACCUUUUCAACUCAAAAUUCUUGCUUUC